UACAUUUUGAGCAAACUUGACCAUCUCCCUCAAACAUGCUCCUAGCAGCUUCCUCUUAGCUUUGACACACACACCGACCUAACAAAAAAUGUCGAACCCUGAUCAUCAUCAUCAUAUGACUGAUGCCAAUGAGAACUCUCCUCUAGUAAUGUCGCCGGUAAAGCCGAGCGCUGAUCUUCAGCGUCAAGGUGCUGCUAUCGAGGCGGAUGCGCUUGCAAGGGCUCGACGGCGGAAUGAGUUGGCUGACCAGGAAUCCAAGAGUACUUGGUAUCUUGUUUUGCUUACUUUGAGUAUAGGAGGUCUGCAGGUAGUUUGGUCCGUUGAGCUUUCUAAUGGGUCGCCAUUUUUACUCUCAUUGGGGAUGAGUAAAGCCCUCCUGGCAAUCGUAUGGGUUGCGGGUCCCUUAACAGGCACCCUUGUGCAACCCUAUAUCGGCAUCCUGAGUGACAACUGCCGCAUUCCUUGGGGCAAGAGAAAACCCUUUAUGAUUGGAGGUGGUCUGGCUACUAUCUUUUGUCUGAUGAUCUUGGCGUGGGUGAGAGAGAUUGUUACUGGCGUUCUUGGUAUAUUUGGUGCAGAUGCGCAGUCGAAUGGUGUGAAGGUUACUACAUUGGUGUUUGCUACGAUUAUGAUGUUCUGUUUGGAUUUUGCUAUUAAUACAGUGCAAGCCGGUAUUCGAGCUUUUAUAGUUGAUUGUGCUCCGGCGCAUCAACAGGAGCCCGCGAAUGCGUGGGCUAGUCGAUUGACGGGUGCCGGCAACAUUAUAGGGUACAUCCUUGGUUAUAUGGAUUUGCCGAAAGUGUUUCCUAUCUUCGGGAAUACUCAAUUCAAAAUCCUGUGCUUGAUUGCCAGUUUCUCCCUCGGUAUUACGCUGUUAAUCAGCUGCCUUACCAUCAAAGAGCGUGAUCCACGUGUUGAUGGACCACCACCUCCAGUUGGUAUGGGUCUGAUUUCAUUCUUCAAAGGUGUCUGGAAAUCCAUUCGCAAUCUACCACCUCAAAUCCGUAAAGUGUGUGAAGUCCAACUAGCGGCUUGGAUUGCUUGGUUCCCCUUUUUAUACUAUUCAACAACUUACAUCGGACAACUCUACGUGAACCCGAUUUUUGAAAAACAUCGUGACUUGACAGAUGACGAAAUCAACCGAGCAUGGGAGGACGCCACGCGUAUUGGAUCUUUUGCACUGCUGGUGAAUGCGAUUGUUUCUUUUACGGCAAAUAUCGUUCUGCCGCUCUUGAUUGUUCCGUCGUAUAAACAGAUACAGGUUUCGACGGAUAAUAUCGAUUUUAUGCCAGUGGCCCAAGAUAUUGACUCCGCAGAGGAGGAGAUUAGGAGAUCUAUUUCUGAGUUGCAAGGUCAUAUUGCAUCUGAGCCUCUCCUAUCUCACGAGGCAGUUUCAAUUGAAAGCGAUGAGGUUGACGAUGCCAAGAAAAAAAGGUUUGAUUUUGUCAAGAAACUUCGGAUACCCGGGUUAACGUUGCGACGUACGUGGCUACUUUCGCUCGCGUUGCUCUCAGUUUGCAUGUUCAGCACUUUUUUCAUCACUACGGCACAAGCAGCUACAGUUGUUAUUGGUAUAGUUGGUAUCUCCUGGGCUGUCACGCUAUGGGCCCCGUUUGCAUUGAUAUCCGCAGAAGUGGCACAACGUGAUGCCGAGAGACGACUGAAUCGUCUCCAAGCCGAAUUUGAUGCGUUAUCUGGCCAUGAGAUAACUCAUACCGCGGAGAUCGAAAGGAAUCAUGAAGAAGAGGAAGAGGAUGAGGACGAGGAGGAACAAGAUAUCGAAGCGGCAGCGACCAUCCCAAAGAUCGACACCGAUGAAGCAUCACCCACCGACCAAGCCGGAAUCGUACUUGGCUUACAUAAUGUUGCCGUAUCUUUCCCGCAGAUUUUCUCCACGAUGAUUAGCAGUUUGAUAUUCAAGGCGUUGCAGAAGCCGCGCGGCGAGCCCUGGGAUGAUAGUGUGGGAUGGGUUAUGCGGUUUGGCGGAUGUGCUGCUCUGGUAGCUGCUUUGCUGGCGCGGAGACUUGAGGAGAAGGGUUCUAAUUCUAGAUAAAUUUGUAUACUACUAUGUACACGUCUGUAUAAUUUGUUUCC